UGAUAAGUCAUUACUUCGUAUCUCGGUUGACCGUUCAUACGUUUGCACGUGAAUAACAUAUUAUAUUCGCAAAUAUAACAGUGUUUCAGAUUUCUUUGUGAAAAGGAAAGACAGGAAUCAUGUUUUUCAAAGUUUUUUGAUAGUGUAACAAUGCGGUUGGCAGUCGUACAGUGCUUGGUUGUGAUCGGUAUGCCUUUUAUUUUUGUUUUAUCAUUCAUAAUGGGAGAAGAAAGCACGGCCCAAGUCAACUUAGAAUACUGGAUGAGGGAUCUACCACCACAGCUAAAAGAAGUGCCGCUGAUAUAUUUAGCAAUUCCAGGCAUCCAUGAUUCAAUGACAUAUGGCAUCACCCAUGACAGUGGACUAGCACCGGAUGCGGAGCCGAUCCUGUACAGAUUGUACCCUCUGUUCCGAGGUACGAUCUUACGCUGGACCAAAACUCAGGCCCUAAAUGUACAACAGCAACUACAAAUUGGCAUUAGAUAUUUGGACCUGAGGCUAGCAACCAAGAACGGCACAGACAGCUUUUUCUUCACUCACGGUUUAUAUGCAGAGGAAAUCACCAAACCUUUGGAACAAGUCAAAGAUUUUCUUGACACACAUCCAGAAGAGGUGGUGAUAGUGGACUGCCAGCAUUUCUACGGCUUUGACAUAGCGGACCACAGGAGACUGAUGUUUAUGUUGCUGCGGAUGUUUGCCAACCGACUGGUGCCCAGGCAGGUGGACCUGCGAGAGAUCACACUUAGCUCUUUACAUCGACUGCGACAGCAGAUAGUAAUAGUAUACCGGCACGCGUCAGGCUACUCCAUGGCGGAGUUCUGGCCGCCGGAGAUGCUGCCGUCGCCGUGGCCGCAGCAGCACGAGGCCGCGGGUCUCGCGCGCUAUCUGCAGCAUCUCAAGCGGCACCCGGGCAUGGGCUUCGUGCACCAGGCUGUGCUGACGCCCACACCCACUUUCAUUGUUCUCAGAUGGCUGUCGAACAUCCGCUCAAAAUGCGCUAUCCCAGUGUUAGAGCGAGUGCUUCCGAAAAUUCUAGAAUUCUCCCCCGGGCCCCCCCUCGCUCGCGGGGUCAACGACCCCGCGCCCGUCAACGUCGUCAUCGCCGACUUCGUGGAUCUGGACAACGCAUUGUUCCCAAGGAAGAUCAUCGAACUCAACUGGAAACUGUUGAGGAACACCGAUGUCGUGUACCAUAAUAGUGGGUAGUAGCUUGCCACGAGUGUAGACAGAGAAAAGUAUAGACGAGGAGUGAGCGUAGCCACAUGAGGUAUGAACUAUUUCACAUUUUGCGUCUACCCUGUACUAUGCAAUAGGCACAACCUUGUAAAAUCGGACACACGAUGAGGACAAAGGAUGAUAAGGCUUGUAUAUUUCUAACACGUGUUUCUUUUGUAUGACCGAAAUGGAAGAUAUUACGAUGUCUAUAUUUUUCUGUGUACUCAAAGCCACAUAAUCAUAGACUUUAUAAAAAUAGACAUCUUAUUGAUGUAGCAAAAUAAUCGAGGUGUUCAUUUGCAUUUUUAAAUACUUUUAUAUUCUUAAAUAACAAAGUAAAUAUUUAGUAUACAAGAUUUAUAACGUAACAAUAUCGACCUAAUAAGUUGUAUAUUUUUUAUAUUUUCUUAGUUUUAUAUGUUUUUUAAGUUUUGAUAAGUUUAUACAUAAUGCAAUACAUAUCCGAUAGAAGUCGAGUUACCAAGUACCUGUAUUUUUUCAUGCUAUGAAAUCAUGCUUUACUGUGAUAUUUUUGUCAGUUAAUAAUUGUGCAGUGCCUUUAAUAUUUUUUUGUACUUAAUAUUAAGAAUUACAACGUAUCAUUGGGAAUCAUGAAGUAAGAAUAAAUUAAAAUAUUAUUA